AUGAGUGGUGGAUGGGAAAGGGUUAGGGGAUCCAGAUCGAGAACGACUCGCUAUUCCAGCUUUGGUUCUUCGGCCCCGUCUCGGACUGUAACACUCGGCCGAGUCCAGCCUCAGGCCCCUGGUCACCGCACCAUCUACUGCAAUGAUCGCGACGCCAAUUUCCCUGUCAGAUUCAAGGGAAAUUCAAUUUCAACUACCAAGUAUAACUUCUUUACUUUUGUACCCAAAGGAUUGUUUGAACAGGCGGGUGGCGAAUUGUUACUUUCUAUUGAUCUCGAUCUUAUCAAUGACACCAAUCAGCUUCUGAAGCAGUUAGCUUACUGCAGUUCAGAAGUGGGACUUUUCACUUUUCUUUGGACAAGUCCUGUUAAUCCAGUGACAAAUGUUGUCCCUCUGAGUUUGGUGCUGCUUGUCUCUCUCAUUAAAGAGGCAUUUGAGGACUGGGUGAGUGUCAUUCAUGAUUAUUGUGGUUUGCAUGCUUUGUCUUUUGAUUCCUCUUUUAGAAUGAUGUGUUUGAAGAAUGAAUUAUACGUGCUGCAAGAUGAGAAGUGGGAGGCUGUACCCUGGAAGAAGUUGCAGGUUGGAGACAUUAUCAGGGUUAAGCAGGAUGGAUUCUUUCCUGCAGAUCUGCUUUUUCUAGCAAGUACAAACGCAGAUGGUGUCUGCUACAUUGAGACUGCAAAUUUGGACGGGGAAACAAAUUUGAAGAUCAGAAAGGCACUGGAAAGGACUUGGGAUUACUUGACACCUGAGAAAGCUGCUGAAUUUAAAGGCGAGGUGCAGUGUGAGCAACCAAACAAUUCGCUAUACACUUUCACUGGGAAUCUCAUAUUCCAAAAGCAAACAUUGCCUCUCACUCCAAACCAAAUUCUUUUAAGAGGAUGUAGUCUUAGGAACACGGAGUACAUUGUUGGUGCUGUUAUUUUUACAGGUCAAGAAACAAAGGUCAUGAUGAAUUCCAUGAAUGUUCCUUCCAAGAGGAGUACAUUGGAGAGGAAACUUGACAAACUUAUACUUGCUCUUUUUGGAACUCUAUUCAUUAUGUGCCUCAUAGGAGCCAUUGGGAGUGGCAUAUUCAUAAACCGCAAGUAUUAUUACCUAGGUCUUGAUAAAGGCGUGACUGCAGAGUUUAACCCUAGCAACCGAUUUGUGGUUGCAGCUCUAACUUUGUUUACCCUAAUUACUCUAUACUCGACAAUAAUACCAAUCUCUCUGUAUGUUUCUAUUGAGAUGAUUAAAUUUAUUCAAUCUACUCAAUUUAUCAAUAAAGACCUACAUAUGUACCAUGCUGAAACCAACACCCCUGCAUUGGCUAGGACUUCCAAUUUGAACGAGGAACUUGGACAGGUUGAAUAUAUCUUUUCUGAUAAAACUGGAACUUUAACAAGAAAUUUAAUGGAGUUCUUUAAGUGUUCAAUUGGAGGAGAGGUUUACGGAUCUGGUGUCACUGAAAUAGAGCUGGGAGGAGCUCAGCGGAAUGGCAUGAAAGUACAAGAAGUGCGGAAAUCAGCCACUGCAGUUCAGGAGAAGGGGUUUAAUUUUGACGAUCAUAGGAUUAUGCGAGGAGCUUGGAGGAAUGAACCCAACUCUGAUACAUGCAAGGAAUUUUUCAGAUGCCUUGCUAUAUGUCACACUGUACUUCCUGAAGGAGAUGAGUCCCCAGAGAAAAUCACAUAUCAGGCUGCAUCUCCUGAUGAGGCUGCUUUAGUUACUGCUGCAAAGAACUUUGGUUUUUUCUUCUACAGGCGCACACCUACUAUGAUAUACAUUCGUGAGUCUCAUGUGGAGAAGAUGGGUAAAAUUCAAGAUGUGGCUUAUGAAAUUUUGAAUGUUCUCGAGUUCAACAGCACAAGAAAGCGCCAGUCCGUUGUUUGUCGAUAUCCUAAUGGUAGACUUGUACUAUACUGCAAGGGUGCCGAUAAUGUAAUUUAUGAGAGAUUGGCUAGUGGAAAUGAUGAUCUAAAGAAUGUAACCAGGGCACAUUUGGAACAGUUUGGGUCUGCUGGAUUACGUACCCUUUGCCUUGCCUACAGGGACUUAAGUGCUGAAACAUAUGAAAGCUGGAAUGAGAAAUUUAUACAAGCUAAAUCUUCUCUCAGAGAUCGUGAGAAGAAGUUAGAUGAGGUGGCAGAACUUAUAGAAAAGGAUCUUAUUUUGAUUGGAAGCACUGCUAUAGAAGACAAGCUUCAAGAAGGAGUACCAGCUUGUAUUGAGACUCUUUCUAGAGCUGGGAUUAAGGUUUGGGUGCUAACUGGAGACAAGAUGGAAACAGCAAUAAAUAUAGCUUAUGCAUGCAACUUGAUUAACAAUGACAUGAAACAGUUCAUUAUCAAUUCGGAAACUGACGCAAUUAGAGAAGUUGAAAACAGGGGUGACCAGGUGGAAAUUGCACGCUUUAUCAAGGAAGAAGUCAAAAGAGAACUGAAGAAGUGCCUUGAGGAAGCGCAGCAGUAUUUACGCACUGUAUCUGGACCAAAAUUAGCACUUGUUAUAGAUGGGAAGUGUUUGAUGUAUGCAUUGGACCCAAGUUUACGAGUGACUAGUUUAGUAAAGAAAGGUGCACGUAAAAUAACUCUUAGUAUAGGGGAUGGUGCCAAUGAUGUAAGCAUGAUUCAAGCUGCACAUAUUGGUAUUGGAAUAAGUGGGAUGGAAGGGAUGCAAGCAGUGAUGGCUAGUGAUUUUGCAAUUGCUCAGUUUCGCUACCUUACAGAUUUACUUCUUGUGCAUGGACGGUGGUCAUAUCUUAGAAUAUGCAAGGUCAUCACAUACUUCUUUUACAAGAAUCUUACUUUCACUUUGACUCAAUUUUGGUUCACCUUUCAAACUGGUUUUUCUGGUCAAAGAUUCUACGAUGAUUGGUUCCAGUCAUUAUAUAAUGUCAUAUUCACAGCCCUGCCAGUGAUCAUUGUUGGUCUUUUUGAUAAGGAUGUCAGUGCAUCCCUUUCAAAAAAGUACCCUGAACUGUACAUGGAGGGAAUAAGAAAUGUCUUUUUCAAGUGGAGAGUUGUGGUCACAUGGGCUUGCUUUUCUGUGUAUCAAUCUCUUGUCUUCUAUCACUUCGCGACCACCUCCAGUGCCAGUGGUAAAAAUUCAUCAGGCAAGAUGUUCGGACAAUGGGAUGUCAGCACCAUGGCCUUCACUUGUGUUAUUGUUCAGGAAAUUCACAUGCAUGAGCCUGAUGACAACAUCAGGGCAGGAUUACUGGAGGUUGGGAGCCAGCUUACACCACAGGAAGAACGGAGCUAUGCCAUAGCUCAAUUACCAAGAGAGAUAUCAAGACACACUGGCUUUGCUUUUGAUUCACCUGGGUAUGAGUCAUUUUUUGCCUCACAGCUAGGUAUAUAUGCCCCGCAGAAGGCAUGGGAUGUUGCUCGGAGAGCCAGCAUGAAGUCGAAACCGAAGAUGCCCAAAAGGAACUAA